AUGCCGGCGUCGGAAACGCAGAGCCGGGGAGCCGCCGAUCGGGACGGAGCUGGAAGUGACCGCGUGGCGUCCACCAUUGCGGCGACCCACCCGCCUCCCGCGCCGACUGCCCUGUCGCUCGCAUCCCUCCUGUCUCUCGCUGCUCCCAAGCCCCUCGUCUCCUUCCUCCGCUCGCCGCUCCACGCCGCGCUGCUGUGCCUCCCCGUCAUCACGUUUCUCCUCGUUGUCGUGCGACAGCCCGUCGCCGUGGAGCACAUUGCGAUCCACUCGGUCGAGGAGCAAUAUCGAUUGGAGUCGCUGGGGGAGCAGAAGGGAUCGCCAGCGUCGCACGAUUCGCCAGCAUCGCACGAGCAACUUCAGCGACGAGUUGACGAACUGCAAGCCUCAUGGGCUGCUCAGCUCGCAGAGUCGUCGCCGACUGUCGCAGAUCCAGUCGCAAGCGACACAGAAGGCUCCAGACAGCGCGUCGCGUCACCUCCGCCCGGAAUCGCAGCCCCGCCAGCAGCGCUGGUUCCGGCGCCGCAUUUGGCGGACUGCGCGGCCAAUGCGCGCGUGCACGCGGUGGAGCAUUGGGCCAGCCGCCCCGCCGAUGGCUCCGACCCGCCCUGGGCCGCCCUCCGACGCAAUGCGGGCGCGGGCGAGGGGAAGGAGGCGGAGGAGGGGGACGGGGAGAGGGAGGGGGAGGGGAAUGGGGACGCGGAAAAAGGGGGGGAAGGGGAAGGGGGCAAGAGGGAGAGUGAGAUAGGCGGGAGCAGCGCAUGGGCAGCGAGGAGAGAGGAGGAUGUGGCGGAGCGGAGAGGAGAGGCGCGCGGGGAUGUGGCGGUGGUGGAAGGGCCGUUUCCGCCGUGGGUGGAGGGCGCGGACACGGACAACUACCCGCUGACUCGCCUUGUGCAGCGCGACCUCUGGCGCCACCAGUUCCCCCGCAACUGCUCCCACCCCGCUGUAAGAUUCCUGCUGGCGCCAGUAGGGGGGAGCGUGCGGCACGGGCUGGGCACGCAGAUGACGCUGCUGGCGGGCGCGCUGGCGCUGGCCGUGCGCAGCGGGAGGGUGCUGGUCAUUGCUCAUGCGGGGGCGAGGGGCAGGGGGCGCGGGGGCGUGGGGCUGCUGGGGGGCUUUGAGCGCGCGGAGCACGAGGGGUGUGAGCGCGAGGGCAUGCGCGGCGAGUGGCGCUGCUACUUCCUCCCAGAGACCCGCGCACACUCAUUGGCCCGGCGCGCCGCGUCCUUCCAAGGCGCCCACCCGCUGCUCGCCACCACCAAGCACCCCUCCCUCGCCACCCCCACGCCCUUUCAACAGGCGCGAGGCUCAGGGGAGGGACAGGGGGAUGAGCAGGGCAGAGGCGAGGAAGAGGGGGCAGAGGGGGAGGAUGGGGGGGAAGAGGAGCCGGGGGGCAGGCAGCGGCGGCACAAGAGGGGGACGCGGCCGCUGUUCUUCCCGGUGGUGCCGUCGCGGUGGGGGCAGCCAUGGCUGGCCAUCCCGGGCGUGGUGGAGGCGCAGGGGCGCCUCAUCGUCACCAACCGCAUGAAGUCUGCUGCCUCAAUCCCUUCCCUCCCUCCCCCUCUCCCUCCCUCCCUCCCUCCCUCCCUCCCUCCCUCCCUCCCUCCCUCCCUCCCUCCCUCCCUCCCUCCCUCCCUCCCUCCCUCUCUCCCUCCCUCUCUCCAAGCCUUUCCUUCGCACCGUCCUCCUACUCUCUCGCUGGGUCUUCACAGCGGACACCU